UUCUGGGCGCCGCCAUGUUGGAAUCCUGACCUUCUACUGAACACUGCUUGCUUGGCUGUGAUGUCACACCUGGCUGUGAUGUCACACCUGGCUGUGAUGUCACACCUGGCUGUGAUGUCACACCUGGCUCAGCCUCCGCAGCUCCGUGUUUGCUGAAGGUUUCUGAUUAACUGAGGUUAUAAUGAUGCAUUAUGGGUAGGAGCCAACAGAACCGCUGGACCCUGAGAUCAAACUUUAAUGACUUCCUGUUUGCUGUGCUGGACUUCCUGUUUGUUCAGAGCUGAACAGCUUCUGGCCGCGUUCCGUUCAGAACCGAACGCAAAAAUAGACAGAACAAUACGGAGCAUUUUGCUGAGAGCAGCAAUAAAUCAGCAAUAAUCACCUAAUAUAUCGAUCAGUUCCAGUUGGAGGCGUUUGGCCUCAGGGUCGGUCCAGAUCUGCGUUACAUAGAAGCUGAAUGCUGCUGGCAGCGGCUCCGUGAUGCAGGUGAGCUGCAGCAGGUGUGUGCGUGAGGGGGCGGGGCUUGUGGUCUACCUGGGACAGGUAGCCUCAGGUUUCCUGCAUCUCUGUUCUUCCUGCUGUUCGGUUCGGAUGGUUCUGUUCAGCUGAGAUCUUCGGACGGACCGGCUUCCCGCUGUCAGCUCAACCAGCAGGUGGAUCAGAGGAUGAGAUGAUGUCUGGACCGAACCCGUCCUCACAGAACCACGCAGACGACGCCGGGCCUGGAGACGAGUCCCUGGACCCAGAACCACUGCUGGAUCCGAACCAGCAACCCGUCCUCUGCAGCUGGACGGGUCAGGGAGACAGCAGCUGGAGCCCAGAUGGAGACCAGCCGAGAUACGGGGGGUUGGACAGGAAGUGGGUCCUCUGGCACGAGUUCAUGCAGGAACACGCCCACCUGGAUGCCUGGCUGCGAUUGGCUGAGCAGGCCGUUAACACCUUGAGCCCCGCCCACCUUACCUACAGCGCCUCCAAGGAGGAGCUGAGGAGGUUCCAGAGGCUGCGGAGCGAGGCGGGAUCCCAGCUGAUCCGGUUGGACGGCCUGACCCGGAGGAACCGGACCCUUCCUCGGCUCUUCCAGGGCGCUGUGCAGGUUCGGCUGCUGGGGGCGGCGCGGGAAUGUGGGCGGCGAUGGGACGAGGUGGACGCCAAACUGGAAACCAUCACAGGACGACUGCAGCGCUGCGUCUCAGAGUGGGAGGAGUUUGAAGCAGAGAGGGAGGAGCUUGCGCUCUGGUUGGCAGACAUGGACGCUCGCCUCACAGCCAUCCAUCACAUGGCAGGAAGUAACUGUGACAAGCUGAGAGAGCUCCGGUCCUUCCAGCAGGUGCUGUGCGAGAACUCGGGUCGGGUCAACGACCUACUGCGGCGCGGCGAGGAGCUGAUCCAGCGCCGUGAGCCGGCCGACGCUCGCCGCGUGGAGAGCCACCUGCUGGAGCUGCUGCGCCGCUGCAGCCACGUCUACGACAACAUCGCCCGCACGCACACCCGGCUGCUCAGCACCGUGCUGGUGUUCGAUGGUGUCACGGUUCUGACCCGGCCUGCAGAUUCUGGCUAUCCUUCAGAGUCUGUCCUCCAGUCGGACCUGGACCCAUCCUCGGUUCCGACCGAUCUCAGAGGUGAACCUUCAGAAAACCACCAGCUCUUUCCUUCAGAUUUCAGACAGUCCAUGAACGCAACACCGACCGGGCCGGCCCGUCGACCUCCGACACCUCCGCCAUCGCCUUCCCAUGAGCACCUGGGGCUAGAGUGGGACCCGUCGGUAGACAUCGGCCGCUCUCUCUCUCACGACGAUGCAGACUCUUCCUACUUCAGCGUCUGUACAGGCCUGUGCCAACCAGAUGAGACCAAGAGGUGGAGCUACCUGAGCUCCUUCGACUCCCGCUCUGACAUCACCGCUGACAUCACAAACCAGGAAGCAGCUCUGGAAUGGACGGACCAACCAGAACCAGGUCUGGUCUCACCGGUCACCAGCAGACAGGAAGAGGACCAAUGGGCCGCCUCCAGCCCUGAAGCAGAUCUCAACAAGCCAAUGAGGUUCGACGGAGGGCGGGUCAAGGCGUGGCUGAGGGUCCAAAGCUCCGCCCCUGCAGAAAUGACGACUUCCUGUUCCAGGGCGGUGCAGACGGACGGAGACGGGAAGGAGCCUCUCCAGGAUGUUCUGACUCAGGAUCUUCAUGUCGACAGCUGGCGUCGUCAUGGCGACAGCUGGCGUCGUCAUGGCGACAGGCAGCGUCCUCUUCCUGCGCCCUCCUCCAGGGAACCAGCAGGGGCUGCGAUUGGUUACCUGCAGUCGGCUCUACAGGUGAGUCCAGCAGGUUCUGGUGGCGCUGCGGUUGAGCUCAGUCCUCGGCGCGGCCGUCGCAGGUUCGAUUCCCGCCCUGGUGACCUCAGCCUUCCCUGUCACAUCAAGGCCAUUAGAGCCAAUAAAACAGAGAUGUUCGCUGUCGAGAGGCGUCACUCCUCCAGCAUUCUGAUGAUCUACUUCCUGUUGAUCAGGAGGAAGAGGAGCCGUCCUGCAGUGAUGAAGAGGAGCAGCGUCUCUCUGAGCCCAGGUGAGCAUUCAGGUGUUCCAGAACCAGAACCUGGUCCAGCUCCUGCUCUGCUCACACCCAUUCCUCCCACAGCAGACCUUCCUCCUCCUCUUCAUCAGCACUCCUCUUCCUCCUCCUGGCUGCUGCUCUCGCCCUGCUGGCUGGCCUCAUCCUGGUUGCCAUGGAGCCUCCCUGUCACCGUGGCAACAGGAUGCCACGCUCCCUCCAUCUGACGCUGAGCUACGUCAACGGGCCGCCGCCCACCUGAAGCGGGUCAAAGGUCAUCCCUCAGGGUCUCCUGAAGCCGCUGCCGAUCCAGUCCGGUUUGAUCCGGUCCAGUCCGAAAGCGUUGGGCCCACAUCCUGGAUCUGCUGGUUCUGGAGGUUCUGCAUGAUGAACCGGGUCUCCAGAACCGGACCAUGAACAGAAUGUGUUCCAUCCAGGAUCCUCCAGGAUGUUUUCCCUCCAGCGAGUUUUCCGGCCGUCCCGUCUGAACCGGAUCGUCUUUUUCAAUGUUUGAAUUUUUAAAUUGUGUCCGGAUUUCAGGAAGAUCAUCUGGGAUUUUCAGGAAUUCCGACAUGAACGUGGCUCUGGAACGUUUCACUUUUAUAUUUUGUUUCUGUAAAUUAAGAAAAAUCAUCUGGAUUGUAGAAAAAAGUGUUUUUUUGUAAAGGAAUAAAAUAAAUAAAAGUUGUGAAUUUGUCCAGUUUUCACCUUUAGAAAAGACGGAAUGUUUCCAGAAUGAUGAAGGGCAGCGGUUCUGUUCGGACCCGGCCACCCCGCCCUGAGCGGUUCUGCUUGAUGGCCGGAUCCGAUUGGUCCGGGAGGGAGGAUGGUUUAAUGUGAGCGGAGAAAAGAUUCCAGGGGAUUUCAGAUCACAGUUCAAUCCCACACUGGGAAAAUCCAGUUUCCACAUUUAAACGCUUUAUGAGCUGCCUGGAAACACCUGGAAACACCUGGAGAGGCCUGGAAGUCCUUAGCCUUGAGCGGGUUGGGCUCCAGGUGGUUCUGCCCAG